AACGAGCGUGGUGAAGGAUGAAGGAGAAAUGAGGUGGUGGCGGCGGGCGACUUUGGAGAGCGUCUGUUGCUCCAGGGGAGAUCCGGUGGACCUACGCUUCAAGAGCUCUGCUCAGAAACACGGUUCAGAAAAUAGGCGGAGACCCCGGUACCGGCAGAGACCGUCCGCCGCUGGCUGCAGGCGGAGGGCGCCGACCCCGCCGCCCCGGCCGAGGAGCAGCUGGGCCUGGCCUGGCGGCUGCUGCGGCGCGCCGAGGCCCGGCUCGGCGACCUGGAGCAGCGGCGGGCCGAGGAGAUGAGAGACGUGGAGAGCUAUGUGGGCCACGUCCGUACCCUGACGGAGGAGCGGGACGCUAUCACCACCGAGUAUGAAAAAGAAAACGAACAGCUCAGGCUUGAGCUGUCGCAGCUGCGGCUGCAGCAGGAAGCCCAGCUGAAGGAGGUCGAGGAGAUGCUGGAACAGGAAGGAUUGUCCGAAAUAGCUCACAGUAAUGCCAGUGAACAGAUUGCCUAUUUACUGGUAGAAAGAACGACGCUCCUAGAGAAACUGGAGAUCGCGGAUCAGAAGUUGAAUUCACACAGCUACGUAGACAGGCUGUGUGCGGCACAGCUUCAGGAUGAGUUUGAUCACAUUUGUCAGACGUUAGAAGACGAACUCCCACCACAGCAUGAAUCCACGCGGCUUGCUGGAGAGACAAUUAAUAAGUCCUACAGGGAAGAGCUGGAGAGGGAACAAGCAUCACGUGCAAGAGUUGAACGAGAUCUGGAUGAGGCCACACAGAAGCUGAUGGUGGCCCAGGAAGAGAUCCGGAGGUUGACAGACGAGCUGGAUGCACAAAGAAAGGAGCAGAGCAAAAUAGAAUCAGACUCGUGGUCAGCCCUGCAAGCACCCGAGAGCCGGGAGGAAGGGGUGAAUGCAUGCAGAGAGAGUGACAGGACUGAGCUGCAGAAGGCCAUGGAGCACAAUAGCAGACUGGACAAGGAAAUCCUGGCGCUGCGAGCACGGGUCCAAACGCUCGACUUGGAAAGAAAAGCGUUCCUCGAUCUGGUUGAACAGCUCAAAGAGGAGAUCUCUGAGUAUCAGAAGAGCGAAAAGCAAGGGCUUCCAUUGCCUGGACCAACCGAGACUGAAGAAACAGCAGGGUCCUUGCCGCAGCCACAGGGCACAAAGGAUGAAGGGAGGGUUGAAGGAGACCACGUUUCAGGCAAGGUUGGCUCCGAUGAAGAAGACAGAUAUCAGAGUAGUGAAACACUUCAUAAAAGGUGCCGAGAGGUGAUUGAAAACAUCGAGGGCCAGAACUCACAGCUCCUUCACAAGCUGCAGAAACUGGAGCAGGAGCACGAGGAUUUGGUUGAGCGCAAUGAAGAGCUGGAAUCAAUUCUGGGAGAGACACAGAUCCAAACCAAGCAGGAGAAGGAACAGUUUGAGAGUGAGAUGGAGGGACUUCACCGGAAAAUCACAAGUUUAGAAACAGAGUUACUUGAAGUGCAGAAGAGCAAAGCUGACAUGAGUGGGGAAGAGCAGGCAUCGUCUGGAACACAAGAGAUGCAAGAGAUGCUGGAAAGCUGUCAGGAAACAAUAGAAAAGUUGGGAAGUCAGCUGGGAGAGCGGAGAGAACGGAGGAAGCAACUCGCAUCUGAGCUUGAACUGUUACGAGAAGAUCUGAAGGCUGAGAAGGUGGUAUUGGGCAGCCAGGAACAAACUUUGCCUGACUCAAAAUCAGAGUUUGCAAACCAUUGUAAUAACUUCCCGAGUCUCCAAAGAACACCAGCAAGCAGGGAUCUCAUUAAUGUACCCCAUGAGAAGCUACAAAAAGAUAAUGCUUUGUUAGAUACAGAGGUCUCUGAACUCCUACAAGAAAGAGAACAGAUUAACAAACUCGAGCAGAAACGUGAAGAACUAUGUACAGAUGAAAGGAUGUAUGAAGAACAGAUGGCUAAAGUAGUAUUUUUGGAAGAACAGAUCAAAAACUUGAGGGAUGAACAAGAACUGCUCUGUUCUGAAUUACUGGAAAGCAACAAGAAGCGGGAGGAGCUAGAAAAGCAGCUAAAAGAGAGCAAUGAAGAAAAACGGUUGUUACUGGAGGAAAUUGCUCAGCUAAAACAAGAUAUCCUGACUACCCAGGAGCAGGGCAACAGCACGCUUGAAGAGACUUUGAGGAUGAAUCAAGGCAUGGUGCAUAGAGAGAACAGGUUUCUCGUGUCGCGGAGCUCUGCAGGCAGUUUAGAUGGGAGCAUUGAACAGAGUCUGUCCGACGAGAGAUUCCAGCAGCAGGAGGAAAAAAUGCAGCAACUGCGGCAGGACUUGCGUCGCGUUCAGAACUUGUGCAGCUCAGCCGAGAGGGAGCUGAGGUACGAAAGGGAGAAGAACAUCGACUUACAAAAGCAAAACCUCUUGCUGCAACAGGAAUGCACCAAGGUCAAAGCUGAGCUGAAGCAAGCCCGGUCAAAACUUUUGGACACAACUGAAACAUGCUCCUCUCUCUCAGCACAGUGGGAAAAAAGCCAGCAGAAGGUCAAAGAACUCGAACAAGAGCUCUUGAAGCGUUCCCAGGCUGAUAAACUGCAGAGCAGUCUGCAAGAAAAACUUGCACAGGAGAAAUCCAAAGUAUGUGAAGCACAAAAAAAGAUUUCAAAACUCCAGCAAAAGCUAAAAGAUUCCCAACACCAACUCCUGCUGGCAGAGGCUCGUGUUUCAGACAAGAAACUCCUGGAGGAGGAACUGAAGGACGCCCGAGAAAAUGAAGCUCGUGUGCAGCAGGAACUUCACGAGGAGCAGCUGAAAAGGAAGCUCCUGGAGCAGCAGGUGGAGGAGCUGCGGCAGCAGCUCCGUCAUUCGCGGGAGACGGAGGCGUCGCUGGCCAAGAUGCACGUAGAGCUGCAGGCCAAGACUCUGCAUGUCUUAGAAGAUGAGCGGAAAACUGACUCAAGUGAGCACCUCCAGUGUCAGAAGGAGAACCAGAAGCUUUCAGAGCAACUUUCACUGCUGAAGGAGGAAAACAAGGCCCUUUACGAGGAAGGAGUCCGUCUCCUGAACCAGAAGGAUCUAUUUGUCAGGAAAUAUAACGAAAUGCAGCUCCGCCACAAAGACAAGAUCCGCAGAGCCAAAGAGACCUUUAUCCACGAGGUGAAACAAAGGGACAGCAGAAUUAAGCAGCUUGAAAAUGAGCUCAGCGAGUCAAAGCUUCAAGUGGAAAAGGGGAAGGUGCUGAUUGCACAGAUCACUGCUGAGAAUGAGAAAUUACUCCAGGAAAGAAGACGGCUCCUCCAGAAGAUAACUGACCAAGAGGAGACCCCUUGGAGCAACCGGUCUACGACUGCCACCCUGCAGAGCAGAAUGAAGAUCCUGGAUGAGGAGAAUGUGCGGCUGCACGAGAGUAAACUCCAGCUCUCCGGACACGUGCCCACCUUGCAGCGCACGCCGAGGAGCAUCCACGCUCCCAACACGGAGGACUCGAAGAGUGCUAACUUCUCUGAACGCCAACUACAGAGUAAGGUGUUGCCAUCUCCCUGUACCAGCUUCCCACCACGAGAAGCGCCAGACUCUCUCAGCACCCUGAAGGCCACGCAGGACGCGAAGCCUGGAGGAGAAGCUGAAAGCCAAGACUCACCCUUUUGCUUAUCCCCCUCUCAACCUUCGGAGAUCGGCUACUUAAAUGUAGCUUCCCCUGGAGACACCACAGCCUCCCAGCUGCAGGGGCUGAGUCAGAGCAUCAGCUCUGAGAACUUCUAAACGGGGAAAGAUGUUUGUAAAAUAUUAGCCGGACUGCAAGGCUUUGGGCUCCUCUGGCUGUGAGAUAACAAGGACCGACGGCAGGGGGAGAAUUGCCAAAUGGACGGACCUGGUGAUCUCUGUCAUGUAUUUCAACUAAAUCAGUCAACAGCUUUUUUUCAACUUGCCCAACUCUGUGUGUGUGAUCCCAGAUCCACCUGGUGGCUGGAAAUUUUAGAUAAACUCAGUAAAGUGGAAGAGGGGUGGGGUGAAGCCUAUCUUCACCUGAAUCCUAAUUUCUUGUCCAGUCAAAAACUACAAGCUUUGUAAAUAAAACUCAGCAAAGUUCAUGUCUGCA